ACCUUCCUAGCUUUGUAGAAAUUGUUGACGUGGACACUCAGGAGGAGAAAGAGAAAACGGAGGGUUCAUUUUGUCUUUUAGGGCACAAAAAUAUGGACGAGAACUUUGCACAAAAAUAGUGUCCAAGAAGUUAUAGAUAUUGAAGGUUAACAAUGGAUGCUGCGGAGGUGGAAUUUCUAGCUGAGAAAUUACCUAUCUCCAUUGUGCCAAACUUUGCCCAAGACAAACUUUACCUUAUAUCAGGUGAUGUGGGACCAUUUAGCCCAGGAAUCCCAGUGGAGGUGCCUCUGUGGCUUGGGCUAAACCUCCGUCAAAGAAGUAAAUGUCGCAUAGUUAUCCCUGACUGGCUGGAUGAAGAGAAGCUAGCUGAGAAAAAGGAAGAAGAGGCUCAAUCCAAGGUGUUUACACAAAUGCCAUGUGAGCAUUAUAUGAUAGUUGCUCAGUUACUGCUGUCCGCUGAACCUGAAGGCAUUCCUAACUCACAACAGGUUAAGACACUUCUUAAGGACAUCUGGGACCUGCGCAUCUCUAAGCUACGGUCAUCUGUGGCAGACUUCAUCCUCAGUGAGGGAUCACAUGCAAAGCUGGAUCGACUGACACACAUGGAGAUCAACAGCAUCAGACCCUUCCUUCCUCAUUCAUUAGAUCAGUUUCAUCGUCUUGCAAAAUCUGCACAUAACACUGAACUUUCUCAAACACAAGACUUGUAAAUGAACGGUGUGAGCAUAAAAACUCAAUAUUGGUGUAUUCGUUCUAUGCAUGUGGUGGCAUUCUGGAAAGCUGUUCACAUAACCAGGUUUCCAUAUAAUGUAGUCUAUUUUUCUAUUAAAUCUUAUUAUUGAUUGAAAUUAUAUAAAAUUUUCUGACUGAAACUGUAUCUAUCUAUAUAACAGGAUGGCAGUCCACAUGAGGUGGCCCAGACAAAGCAUCACACACUCACACAUGCAUUCACACUCUUAGCCCUAUCAGCUUCUGGUGGGUAUGGAUGGUCAUGUGGACCACCAUACUACACUCCUGAAGCUCUGGAAUUGUAUGGCAUAUUUUAAUUGUUUAAGCCUAUAAUUACAAAUAUAUACAUAUAUAUUUUUAUAAAGUUAAACUAAAAAGCUACAAGUACUAUCUUUGAGAUGAAAAUACUUUGAAGUAAAGCUAUGUUAUAUCCUGUGGUUGACAGUUGUGUACAGUGUGAGUGGGAUGAUUAAGGUGAGGAAAUUGGAUGAAAAAAAAAUUAAGAAAUUAGAUCAUUAUGCAUAAUUGCCAAAAAAACUAAGGUGCAUGAAAUGUGAACAUUUAACACUAAAUAAGAAAAUUAAAAGUUGAAAUAAGGUUAAUAAAAUAUUAAUGUUGGUGCAAUAAUGCAAUAACAGAAGAGUUCAAGGAUGGGAGAGAGUGGAUCUUGACUUCCAGGUUUGGAUAAAUACUGUGAUGUGAAAGACCAAUUGGACUCGGCUAUGAAAAACUGAAUGGUCAAACAUAAAGUGUAGUGUACGUACAUACAUGAAAUGCACAUGAAUGAGUAGAGCUGUACUUAUCUAUAUAUACAUAUACAUUGUGUAUAAUAUUGUUGAAUGUAAAAUUGAAAUAGUAGAAAAAAAAAUAAGAUACUAGUGAAUAAACAAGUAAAAAGCAAUUGGAAAUCAAUAAAACAUAAGAAUGCAGCAAAGUGGUAACUGUGAUUAAAUUAUGAAUGCAGUUAUCAGUAACUCCAGUCAGUAGUCCAGUUGGCCCAGAUGGAGGUUUAUUUUUUUGCCCAAACAAGAGACACUGGUGUCACCUGAUGCUGUGAUUUUUCCCUCGGGUGGUGGGCGGGUGGACAAAUGUAUUUUCACCUACUGCAUCCAUAUACCAUGUAGAGGUGGACAGGUUCUAUCAUUUCCAUACCCCUUGCACCAGUAUAGUAGGCUGAAUGUCAUAAACUGAUGUAUGGGAAGGAAACCAGGAGUAGAGAUGUGUGUGGUGACAGCUGGCCUCACAGUACAGAGUGUACUGACUGCUGUACACAUGACUUUGGACAUGAAGACAUUGAAGACAUGAAAUGGUGGAGAUUGUACCUGGUAAUAAUCUGCCUUGAGCUUUACAGAUCUUCAUAACUUUAAUUUUCAACAUCUACUGCUCCGAAUGCAAUGCUAUAUGUGCAAGCUGUUACAUACAGCAGAUUGCUUUAUACUUCAGAUACUAUUCAUAUAAACAAGACACAUGAAGGUUCACCUCAUGACAAAAAUACUCCAUACUCACCUGUGACUACUCAUUAAUAAUGGUAAAUUAUUGAAGCUUUUUUAUAAUGAAUUUUAAUUUCUAUCAGGUAACUGAGUUCAGUUCAUCAUUUAGUAAUUGAACAUUCUGAUGUCCACCACUAAAUUUGUUACCUGAUAUGGCUGCAUGAGUUUUACUUCACACUGCACAUGUCUGCAAACUCUUCAUUUAGUAUUUAUAAUUAUCUAUCAGAUUCAUAAAAUAUUUAAUUAUUGUUUAUGUACUCAUCACGUAGCAGAUAUCUGUAAACUAAUCUGUAAACUAUUUUUAGUGUACUGCAUGUGAAUAAGUAAUACUCAACUCAUGAACAAAUGAACAAUGAAAUCCAAACUUGAGCAGAUAUAAAUAGAAGAUGCAUGUGUGUGUUACAGAAUUAUGAAAUCAAAGUAACUAUGAUCCAAACCAUUGAAAAAUUAUACUUUUGAGAUAUAUCUGACACUUUCAUUCUUUAAUUUUUAGUCUAUGGUGUAUUGUGUGUUUGCACAUGUGUGAACUAGGCAAUUUUCAGCAGUGAACAGAAGACAUAAAAGCAAUAAAACAUGUCAUUGCAUGCUAACAAAUGCAUACUCAUAUCUACUGAGAUAUGCCAUGCCUUCAAGUACAAACCUGAAUGGAGUCUGAGACUACACAGAGAGGAUACUGGAUUAGAUGAAGACAGGAAUUAUAGUUUUUUUCUUUUUAAGGACUUGUUCCUGAAGUGCACAGAUGUAAAUAAUUCAUAUAUAAAUUUAUUUUUGUACUAAUCCAAAAACAUAUCGGAUGCAUUUCUGAGAGGAUACUUGCCCAUUGUUUAACAUAAGUUUCCCUAUUUUGACAUUUGCUAGACUAAUAAUAUCAAUAUAGGGAAUAUAACUACACCAUUGCCUCACUUGAUGAAAGGUUUCCAUUCCUAGAAAAUGUUUUGUUAGACAACAAUAUUUUCCAUUGGCUUUCAUGAUAAUACUGUAGUAGAGAAUAAGAUAACAAAAAGGUGCAAGUUUAUGCCAAAGAUUACAAAGUGAUUAGAGAUGACAGAUAAUACUGACAAAGCUCAGCAGUAAUUCUGCACCUCUGUGAUGUAAGAGUGAGCUCGGCUAUGGAUUAUUUUAAUUGGGCCAAGGGUGGCAGCACACAGCCUAUCCAGGUGGUCAUCCUUCCAUGUGGGUCAGUCAGUAGAUGGAUAUCUGAGGAAACAUGGAGAAGGUAAAGUGUGGUAACCUUGAUUUUACAAGUUACUCUGCAUCCUUAAAUAAGGCAACUUUAGCUGUUUUGGGUUAAAAACUGAUAAAACAAACAUGUGUUGUGAAAAGUGGAGCCCCUAGACACAUCACAGGCUCAAACACUGAUGACACAUGCAUAAAUAUUGUAAGGCAAUGGAGCCUGGCAUGUACCCAGUUAUCUAUAGCAUGUAUAGAUGGUGUGGAGGAAUGGAUGGCCAUGCUGGACUAGGUCAGCAAGGGUCAUCUUGUUGCAUACUGUGGAAAGCAUUUUCAUGUUACUUGCAUUCAAAUGGAGAAACUAAGCUGAAGUUGUCAAUACUCUAAAUAAAUAAUAAAGAAUGCUUGUGUCAGGAUACUGUAGCAUGUUUAAUUUUCUAGCACAAACCCUGUACGAGAUGCCUUACACACGGGUUGAGAAUAGAUAUCCUUAUGAGUUUAUGCCCAGCAUGUUGCAAAAGUUAACUGAAAAGGACAUGUAUGAAGGCCUGAAGAUUACUCUUAUUCAUUUGUUCACAUUAUUAUUAUUAUUAUUAUUAUUAUUAUUAUUAUAUUUUUUUGUUUGCUCUCUUAUGAAAAGUAUUUUGAUUGCUUUCAUGGAUGCCAUCUCACAGGCAAGCUGCAUAAAAAAUACACAAAUGUGUUAUUAUAGAGAAGACACUCUGGCUAUAAGUUUCUAUAUACAAGGUGAAAUUUUGGAUGAAAUAUUUUGCAAUAUUUUGGUUAAAAAAAAAAAUAAAAUUCUGUGAAUGAGGAAAUUCAACAGUGUUUGAGCUUCUCAAAGCUCAGCAGUUUAUAUGAAAUAUUUACAAAUCCAUUGUAAAAUUUACCUUUCUAAAAUCUUAGAAUUGGAAAUGUUUCCUUAACCAUUAUUGGAAAAUCAAGACAGAUAUUGUAUUCCAAUUUAUAUAUAUGAAAAGAAAUGAUAAAAGAAAAUAUAGCUUCAGCUGACAUCGUUACAGGAAAAUGUGAAAAACUUGGCAGGAAAAAACAAAAUGUGUGGGCCAAGAGGAAGAUGACACAGUGUGGUGAAGAAUUGCUGAGGAGACCAUGGAAAAAAUAAGAGAAGUGACACAUGACUGGUCAGUAAGGCUUAAUGAAUGGGUACACCCUUUCACAACUUAAGAGCUACUACAGUGUUCAGAGGAUAUGAUGAAUGAUCAAGUAUCACAACUUGGCAUUGUGGCAUCGAUGCUGCCUUACCCUGUGGCAAUAAAUGGGUUUCCAGCCUGAAAAUAAGUCUGGCAGUUUUUUUUUUUUUCACACCUUAAAUAAACAGACCUAUUGAAGCUUUUGACAUUUUCUUUUCUGCUAGUCUGAUAAAUAAACAAAUGGAAAAAAGAUACACACCUCUGACAAAAAAUAAAAUAAUUUGAUUUUGGGGACAGGCAUGCAAGUGAAAUAAUGAAGUCUUUGGGGACAGUGUUAUUUAUGCUGUGAAAAUACAGCUCUAUUCUUUUUUUAUUGAAUUAAUAUUUGACAUAUGCAUCCAUCCUCAGAAAUGCAUAUCUUGCAUAACCAGACUUCCCUGUGAUAACAACUUUUAUCUUAUUUUCUACUAUUCUUUAGAGGUUCAUGUUGAUUGUAUUCUUAAAGUUAUGCAAUAACUAUUGUAUUUAACAACACUAGGAAGCCAACAUGACUGCUGGAUGUCCUCACUACAACUUUUUUUCCAGUAAGUUAACCAGAAAAGGCUCACUGACUGUGGCUACAACAUGAUUUACAGUCAAAAUAAUUGAAAAAUCUCAUUUACUGUAACUACAUGAUUCAUAGUCCAAACUGUUAGACAUGUCACUGGUAAACUAAUACAUAAGCAAGAAAACUCAGUCUGCUGAAUUUUCCAGAGUUGGUCUUUUAUGGCUGUAUAAUUCAUAUGAUUAAAUUAGGUUGGUACAACUUGAGUAACCACUGUACAGAAGUAUUCAGGGACACAUUAACUUAGCAAAAUGACAUAGUUCCAUUGUUAGAAAUAUGCACACAAAAGCAAACUAUGGUGAUGCAAGACUCCUUGUCUCCCUGAAGCAGCUGACCUUCACAACACAAACAGUAUACUGUAUUUUCUUUUCAAAGAAACUAUAAACAUUGCCAACAAGAAGUACAUGUUAUAGUAGGCCAAAGUUUCUGUGGAUCAUUAUGUAAAACAAAGGACAAAAUUGCAUCUAUUAUAUUUUGUACAGGUAUGCACACUAAAAGGUAUAACUAAACAACUUACUUCAAUGAGCUUUUAAUGAGAAGUGAGAUUUGCCGAGGCACACCCGAGGUCCUUCAACAGGAGGCUGGUGUGGCAGGCACGGACCAGCAGACAACCACACACUGGAGUCUGGUUUCUUGCUUUUGUUUUCAGUUUUUGCCUAGUGUGCUGGGUACCACUGGUGCUGUUCCCACCCAGGCUACUGAUGGCAAGUUUCUAGCAGCAUCUUAGUCAGUCGUGAAAGUAGUUAAUUUAGUUACACUGCAUUUUCUUCACCAGUGUAAGGUAUUCACUGAAGUUUGUAGUUAUGCACCACUAUCAAAAGUUUAACCCAUGCCAAAAAGCACAAAUAACACUGGCUUAGAAUUCUUGUUCACUGUGACCUUUUGAGUUUUGCAAAAAUGGGUUUUGUGAAAUAGAGGUACAUAUCUUGGAUGCUCCAACCAUUACUGACUUAUAUUUGCUGAAUAAUGCCACUCUCCACAGUAGCAAGACAGCAGUUGGCACACACAACCACCAGUAUUCGUAGUCCAUACCCACAUCUUGUUAAAUCCAAAGAUAUCCGAGAAAUCUAUCACAGGUUUCCAGAAGGAACUUCUUAUAGUGUAGAUUGUGUUUAUAAUGCAUGAUCAGACUGGUUCCUCUGAGCAAGGUCCACUGUCAGACUGAUUCCCUUGCAGUUUCUGAUGGUUCAUUAUCAGGCUGUUUCCUCAUUGCACAGAUCAGAUGAAUAAUUUCCAAGUUGCAGGUAUAGUAAUGCAGCUACUUUGAAGGUGUUGAAGUCCCUUCAAACAUAUGACUGGAGUGCCAAUUUCAACAAGGAUGAAUGAUGACUAAAAUAAACAUCCUAGAGUUGUAAUAUGGCUGAGAUGAUCAAUGAGGCCAAUACAAAGGUAUGUAAUAUGCCAAUUAAAAAAAAAAAAAAAAAAAAAAAAAAAAA